CUUUCCUCCAUAAUUCGGUCACGUACGGGUUGCCCUCGGCCACUUUUGACGAGCCGAUAAACACCUGAGUUCACCAAUGGGAUUAAUCCUCGGCAAAACUUCACCAGGGUCAACAACAGCGGGGAAAAUGAACUCUAAAAUGAUGAUGAUGUUAGUCGGUGGAUAUUCGGUUCAGGGAGCUUCGGUUCUGGGUAUUAUUCACGACCUUCUGCAGGAUAAUGUCGCUGGAAGACCAGUUAUCCACGAGAAAAGCGAUUGGGACUUUGACCCGGACGUUGGAAAAUUGAGGAGAGUCCAAUUCGAGGCUAUCAAUGGACCGCAAGGCCGUGACCUGAUCGACAGGCUGGGAUACGGGAUCGGUGCCCAUGGAGUAACACCAAAAACCACCGUCGUUAAACAGCCCGCGGUGAUUCUAGCCAAUUGGGAUGCGUCCACGCCUGGGAGUUACUAGACACGGCGCUGAUUUCGGCGCUUGUUGCUAAAUCCCGAGAGAUGGACACUUUACGAAAGCUCUAGUAGUUGGUACUUGAGAGAAGCGCUAGCCAAUUGUCAACAAGAUGUAGGUUUACAUACAAUAUAUCUCAAGUUUCGAUUUUAACUCACGUGUACCGGAUGAUGAACAAUUUAAGCGUGGAACUGAUGUGAUAUUUUUUUUUUUUUUUUUAUAAUUCUGUCUUUUUGGUGUUAUAAAAACUGGAUAUUAUUCAAGGUCAAUGAAUUUUAUAUUUGAUCAGUCGUGCAUUGGAUAAAAAAAAUCGCUAUAUUGGAUCGUAAUUGAAAUGACGAUAAUUUGUUCUUUUUUCUUGGACGUAAAAUUGUCAGGAAACACCCGUUUAUUCGUGUGGGAUAGAUUGCAUGGAAAUAAAAAAAAUUUUAGUUAAUAAAUAGAAACAUUUUGGAUUUAUAAUAAAUUGGUAUGCAACGAUUACAUUUUUACCAUAUAAGUUUUGUAUAAAAUAUGUAUAUCAUUUACAGA